AUGUACGGAUACGCAGGUUCAUGGGAGAAACUGUUUACCUUAACGCAAGACCAUUUUCACAUUGGAUCUCCAAAAUUAAAAUCCUUGAGGCCUUUGCUUUUGGAUGGGGACAGGGUUUUGCUUGAACAGAACCAUAGCAAGCUCUGUUGGUAUAACGGCAAAAGUGGCGAUGUGAGUUUCGUUAGAAUACCCGGAGUUGGAAACUCCAUUGAACGCACGGUUUGCGUUGGAAGCCUUGUCCCACCUGCUCUACUGAGCUUCCGUGAUGAGAGCGAGAAGCGGAGACUGGGCCACCAGAAGUGGAGGAAGAAUAUUGUUUGGUGGUUGUGA